CAAAAUCCCUUAUACGGAGUACUUAAUAGCAAUACAAAUUCAUCUCCAUCCUCUAUCUCAAAUGAUCUACACCCUUCAUCUAAUGUUCAAGGAUCUUUUACUUCAAAACAUCACCUAUCUUCUUUCCUUCCGCAGUGCAACUCUUCUUCAACUCUUCUACUUUUUUCUUCCGCUUCUUCUCCUUCCUUCUUUCUUCUUCGCAAAUAGGAGUUCAUCAAGAAUGUUGGUGUCGUCAACAACAUGAAAUUUCUCAAACAAGAAGAUACAAUUAUGUGCCGGAAUCUACUCCGAGUCUUCUGCCAUGAAAUUAUCCGAAAAAAGAGAUGGAUACUCAUCUACCUAAAGUCAUCUGCCCGGAAAUCAUCUGAAAAAGGAGAUUGUUAUUUCUUCCUUCAAAUUGUUCUUCUUUUUCUGGGAUCAUCUUUGCCAAAAUCCAGCCGAUUAAAUCUGAGUUCGAGAAUAAACAAGCUCAAGGUAUAUAUCUGUUUGAACUCUCCUGGCGGAUUGUCAUUUUUACCGUUGCACAAUGUGUGGGACAAUGCAUAAGCAAGAUAACAAGGGGAAAGUGGAGGAUCAUGAAAUUAUCGGAUUGGGAUUGAAAUUACGAAUCCGGUCUGAUCCCACACAAUACCAGACUUGAUCUCGGACCAAGCCAGUUUGGGCCCACCCAUAUUCUAAUCUAACAUAUAUUUAAACAUUUUUCAUCAUUACACAAUGAAACAUACAUCUCAAAGUAUACCUUGAUAUGCUUUGCGACAAAGUGUUCCAUUUCACUUGCCUAAAAAAGUUUUAACUUUUUUAAUAGGAAAAAAUGAUUUUAAUAUAAGCAUUUUUUUGUUUACUUUGACAUUUGAAUCAAGUGUUUGUAAAUACUAUACCAACUUGGUCAUUCAAUUAUAUGUGAUGUGUGGCACUUAUCUGACAUUUUUUACAAUGUCAGCAUAAUGAAUGUAUAUAAUUAUCAAGGACUUUGUGUAAUAGGAAUAGAUGCUUAAUAUGGCCUAG